UAAUCUCAUUUAUGAGGGUGCAGAAAAAAAGAGAGAGAGGCAGACAGAGGGUCAGGGAUAUAAAUGCCCAUUGCCACUGAGGGCCUGCUGUAGUUGAGAAGUGAAGCUACUCCAAGGACGCAAUUCACAGAGCUCUGAUAGUUGGUCCCAAAUUUCUUACUGGACUGGGUAAAGCCACUGGAACGUGCUGUCUAAAUCCCUGAGGAGACCCGUGCAGCAGGUGGUGAAGAGGAGCUUUUGGUCUCUGUGCUUUACUGAGCCAUCCCAGCAUGUGCACUGGAGGCUGUGCCAAGUGCCUGGGGGGCACCCUCAUCCCCCUGGCUGUGUUUGGUCUCCUGGCGAAUAUUCUUUUGUUCUUCCCUGGAGGCAAGGUGAUAGAUGACAACAGCCACCUUUCCGACGAGGUCUGGUAUUUCGGAGGAAUACUGGGAAGUGGAGUCUUGAUGAUCUUCCCCGCGCUGGUGUUCUUGGGUUUGAAGAACAACGACUGUUGUGGAUGCUGUGGCAACGAGAGCUGUGGAAAGCGAUUUGCGAUGUUCACCUCCACACUGUUUGCUGUGAUUGGAUUCUUGGGUGCUGGAUACUCAUUUAUCGUCUCGGCGGUCUCCAUCAACAAGGGUCCUAAAUGCCUCAUGAGCAAUAACACCUGGGGAUACCCCUUCCAUGACGGUGAUUAUCUUAAUGAUCAAGCCUUGUGGGACAAGUGCAAUCAGCCCGGUGAUGUGGUCCCUUGGAAUCUGACCCUCUUCUCCAUUCUCCUGGUCAUCGGAGGGGUCCAGAUGGUUCUCUGUGCCAUCCAGGUGAUCAAUGGCCUCCUGGGAACCCUCUGUGGAGACUGCCAGUGCUGUGGCUGCUGUGGGGGUGAUGGACCAGUCUAAUAGGUC